AUGCUGAGCGCCCAUGGGUUUGAUAACUACCUGAUCCUUGUGCAAGAGCACCACGCGAGAGACGACCGUUUUGCUGAGGUGCAGUCCAAGGCGGCAGCCAAAGGGUUUCGCGGUGCGCGGGCAGAGGCGAUUGACACGGGCAGAGGAGGUUCAUGCGGCGGCGUAGCCGUGAUCGCGCCUGUCCGCGUUCUCGUCUCAGCCCCGCCCCAGCUCACCGACCGCGCGUUGAUCCCAGGGCGUCUGGUGGCUGCACAUGCCCACUGGGGCCGUGCAGGCGGCAUCGUCUUGCUUUCCGUGCACCUAGUGGUCGGAGAGGGUCUCGGAGCCCAGAACCUGGAGAUUGUGCAGACGGCCAUCGACUAUGCCAGGGAACACGGCAUUGAGGCCGAGCUCUGUGAUCGCAACGACAUCGUGAAGGCCUCGGAGCGACGGAAGUUUUGUGGGCGUGCUGGCCCACCUUCGUAUUCGCGGAAGCCGUUGCCGAGACAAGCUGACCUUCAGCCGAAGGCGGAGCUUGCGUGGCGAGCUGUGGGUCGCUGGCUGCGACAAUUGCGCUCGGUUCGUACCAAGUUGUGUCAGCUUGCCUCCGAGUAUGCCUCUGACCCCACGGACGAGAGAUUUGACCAGGUAGCCAAGCAGUUCUACUUCCUUCAGGGGUUUCUGAAGCGCAUCCGCAAGUCGUCCCGGGUGCUGGAGGUGUCGACGGAGUCAAUCAGGGAGUUUCUUGUGGACGUGCCCUCCAGCUUCUGCAGGGUUGAGUUUGACGACGCCGCACAGGGUUUCCUUGAUGAGAUCGAGGCUAAGCUGCUUGAGUUUGGCCACGCUGCACGUGCUGAAUGGAAGAAGUGGGUCGAGCAGGUGCAGGAGCUGAUUGCUGAGACGUCGCGGCCACAGCCUUUCCAGCAGGCGGACGACUGCCUCGCGGAGUGGGAGGCGAUCUGGGAGAUGCACAG